AUGCGCCGUGCCCUUUGUGUCCCGGGCGGGCGGGCGGCGCGGGGCAGGCCGGGCCGCUCGCAGCGCCGCGCCGCCGCCGCCGCCGCCGCCGUUGGCGGGGAGGGAGGGCGGGGUAGGGGGGCAGCCGGCUCCGCCAUGGUGAAGAAGCGGAAAGGCCGCGUCCUCAUCGACUCCGACACCGAGGACAGCGGCAGCGAGGAGAACCUGGACCAGGAGCUCUUGUCAUUGGCCAAACGGAAACGCAGUGACUCUGAAGAAAAGGAGCCACCUGUGAGCAAGCCUACAGCAUCUUCAGACUCUGAGACAUCAGACAGUGAUGAUGAGUGGACUGUUGGAGGUUCUAAAAACAAGAAAAAGGGAAAAGCGGGUAAAGCAGAGAAGAAAGGAGCCAUGAAGAAACAGACAAACAAAGCUGCCUCUUCAGGCAGCUCAGAUAAAGACAGCUCAGCUGAGAGCUCAGCACCUGAAGAGGGAGAGGUGUCUGACUCAGAAAGCAACAGCUCCUCAUCUAGCUCGGAUUCAGAUUCUUCAUCUGAAGAUGAGGAAUUCCAUGAUGGCUAUGGAGAAGAUCUUAUGGGAGAUGAAGAAGACCGGGCUCGAUUGGAACAAAUGACAGAAAAGGAGAGAGAGCAGGAACUGUUUAACCGGAUAGAGAAGAGAGAAGUGCUAAAGAGAAGGUUUGAAAUCAAGAAGAAACUAAAAACGGCAAAAAAGAAAGAAAAGAAAGAGAAAAAGAAAAAGCAAGAGGAAGAACAGGAGAAGAAAAAACUCACACAGAUACAAGAAUCCCAGGUCAUGUCACAUAACAAAGAGCGGCGAUCAAAGCGGGAUGAGAAACUAGACAAGAAGUCUCAGGCAAUGGAAGAGCUAAAAGCAGAAAGAGAGAAAAGGAAGAACAGAACAGCUGAAUUGCUUGCAAAAAAACAGCCAUUAAAAACUAGUGAAGUAUACUCUGAUGAUGAAGAGGAGGAAGAGGAUGACAAGUCUAGUGAGAAAAGUGAUCGGUCAUCCAGAUCCUCAUCCUCUGAUGAAGAGGAAGAGAAAGAAGAAAUUCCUCCUAAAUCCCAGCCAGUGUCCUUGCCUGAGGAACUGAACCGAGUACGGUUAUCGCGACACAAGCUGGAACGCUGGUGUCAUAUGCCCUUCUUUGCCAAGACAGUCACUGGUUGCUUUGUCCGUAUUGGUAUUGGAAAUCACAACAGCAAACCUGUUUAUCGGGUUGCUGAAAUAACUGGUGUGGUAGAGACUGCAAAGGUUUACCAACUUGGUGGUACCCGGACAAACAAAGGACUGCAGUUGCGGCAUGGCAGUGAUCAGCGUGUGUUUCGUUUGGAGUUUGUCUCAAAUCAGGAAUUUACUGAAAGUGAGUUCAUGAAGUGGAAGGAAGCGAUGUUCUCUGCUGGAAUGCAGCUACCCACACUAGAUGAGAUAAACAAGAAGGAAGUGUCCAUCAAAGAAGCCCUCAACUACAAGUUUAAUGACCAGGACAUUGAGGAGAUUGUGAAAGAGAAGGAAAGGUUCAGAAAAGCCCCUCCAAAUUAUGCUAUGAAGAAAACUCAGCUGUUAAAGGAGAAGGCCAUGGCUGAGGACUUGGGGGACCAAGAUAAGGCCAAACAGAUUCAAGAUCAGCUUAAUGAACUUGAGGAGAGAGCAGAAGCCCUGGAUCGUCAGCGAACAAAAAACAUUUCUGCAAUCAGUUACAUCAACCAGAGAAAUAGAGAGUGGAAUAUCGUUGAGUCUGAGAAGGCUCUCGUGGCUGAAAGUCACAGUAUGAAAAACCAACAAAUGGACCCCUUUACUAGGCGGCAGUGCAAGCCCACAAUAGUGUCUAAUUCCAGAGAUCCUGCUGUACAAGCUGCCAUCCUUGCACAGCUAAAUGCAAAAUAUGGAUCUGGUGUACUACCAGAUGCUCCAAAGGACAUGAGUAAGGGUCAAGGGAAGGAUAAAGAUGUGAACUCUAAAUCAGCCAGUGAUCUCUCGGAAGAUCUUUUCAAAGUACAUGACUUUGAUGUAAAGAUUGAUCUUCAAGUUCCCAGUUCUGAAUCUAAGGCACUGGCCAUCACCUCCAAGGCUCCACCAGCAAAAGAUGGUGCCCCUCGGAGAUCGUUGAAUUUGGAGGACUACAAAAAGAGGCGGGGGCUUAUUUGAGCGUGCCCACUCUGCUGCUUCUGAUCCUGCAUGCUCCAUGAUGAUGUCCUACCUUUUCUUCCUCCCUUUUCAGUUCUCCCUUCUGGGUUGGAGCAGCAAUGGAGCUGGGAAGAGACUCUUUAAAACUGCCAGUCAUCUGUAACAUAAACCAUUCAACUAUUUACUGUAUAGACCUCCCUUUUUGCCCUUUCCUCCUGCCCCCCUCACAAAUGUGGAUCUGUGCUAUUUGGGGUCUUCCCAUUUCUUUUAGUUUGAGUUUUUUUUUUUUGUUGAUGCAGCUCGUUGGUCUACUCUGUGUUCAGUAUUAGCCUGAGGUCUGGAUUUCCGUAGGAAUCUCUUGGUGGUCGCAGAAUCAGCACUUGGUGAUCUCCCCUUACAUACCACCACAGGCACAGUGAAUAAACAUUGGCGCAAGACCUUUGUGGCUGGAAGGUCAUCUGCACUUUCUUCCUCCUCUUCUUCCUCCUUCAUCCUAGCUUUGGAGAAGGGAAUCUUCAAAAACUGGCUUAGGUUCAAAGUGUAAAUUUUUUUGGGAGGGUUGUGUGACUUUUUUUCAGGUGUUUUUUAUCAUUUUUAAGCUGCAGUACUAUUUGUAUCCGUCUGUCACAGUUCUUUACGGCUGUUUUGAAUUUCUACCAGCUGUACUUGAGCAUCUGAAAUUGCAAGAAAGAAACUCAUUAAAUGUGAUUCUUCUUACUAAAACGGCUUGGUUGAUAUAGCUGUUUAACUUCAUGUUCCCUUUUUUAUUUUCACUUAACUGAUGAGAGAGAGGUACACAGCUCUUGAUGUGGGACUUGUCAUCUGUAGCACAUCUGGAGUCUCCAGCUUUAACUGAGUGGAGUAGCUCUUUCUGGGAUGCCCCUGGGGUGCUCAUUGGCUGGGCUUUAGUUUCUUCUCCAAGCCUCCAAUAUUACGUAUUUGUUAAGUCAUCGUGUCUUCACUGGGCUCUAGCUCACGUUUGUUUCUUGCUUUGUGAACCAUUUAAACCGGGCUUCUAUGAAACAAACAAACAAAAAUUUUUUUAAAUAAAAUCACUUUGUGUGAAAGGGGAAGGACACAGUAGAAAGGUCAGUGGGUAAUGUAUGAGAGGUAGCUGAUGUGCGUUUUUCAUAUAUAAACUGGUACAAGUGGAGUGCAACACUAGCACAAGAAUUGUAUGGCUUUAUGAAAUAUUUGACUGGACACAAGGUGACAGCUCAAUUAUCACUCAGGUGUUUUAAAAAAAAUAAAAAAAAAAAUCAAAGUGUAAAUAUAAGUGACAUUUAAAAAGAGCUUUUCCAAACAAGAUACAACUGAAUAUAUGGAGCUAAGAACUAAAUUAAAAGAGAAUUAGAAGUCUAGAAGGUAGAGGCCCUCGUUCAGGUAAGCGUGCAAGCACGUGUUUGUUCCUACUCAGGCCAGUACGAAUAUGCUAACUUAAGCACUGAGCUGGAUAGGAAUGUUUCUGGGGGACCCCGAAGAGGGAAAAUGCUGAUGCUCUUUUUGUGUCAGAGCAUUACUAUUUUUCUGAAAUCAUACACUGGUUAUGUCUGAACCUGUGUUUGAUACUUUCUUGUUGGAUUCUUAAUGAAACUUUAAUCUAGUUCUUAUUUAACUUUCUCUUAUUCCUUUUUUAACAGUAGCUUUAAAGAAACAUCAUGUAAUUGUGUGCAGAUUGAUACUAUGAACUGUGUAUAAAAAGAAAAUCAACCUAUGAAGCAGCUAUAAUCUACCAUGUAAACAAAUUAGGGAUACUUCAGUACUUAUUUACUGAAUAGUCCAUAAUUCUAGGACACAUGGAUUAUUCUGUAAAUAUGUAAUCAUAGACUGCUUUAUUUGAUGGCCUUUUUUAGCAGCUUCUCUGGAGUUGUUGUAGGCUCUCACGUAUAUGUACUUUUAACUUUUUUAAGAGUGGAUUUAUGGAAUCCAUGGAAUACCGUGAUAACUUCAUAGGAGACAUCGUGAUUCACUGUGUAGAUAUGCAUUUGACAUGAUUUUGUUUUCUCAACAACUUCAAUGAUGUUAAAGAUUUGUAAUAAAAAAAAAUCAAAACUUAUUUUGCAAUAGCCAGUUUUCAAAAUAAUCACUCUCCAAUGCUUUGCAGAAAUAAUGGCAAAAUCAAGCAACUCAGAAGUUGAUUUUCCCAUGGCAAUGCCUCAGAGCUCUGGGGUGCAGUGAACAGUGGUCUCUGAAGGUAACGUUAACUCAGAUUCAGUAUUUUGAAUACGCUUGCCCUUGAUGCAUUGGUAUUAGUGAACUUCUACAUUUGGUAACACUCAAGUAGUCUGUACUGCAGUCAAAAAUAUCAAUGAGACCUGACCUGUACAGUGUUGCAAGAAACUUUUAGUGGAGACAAAACAGGAGAUGUAGGGAGUUAAGAAUGCGGAAAUGAAUGAUGGGCUAUGUCCUGUUUAUCUGCAACUAUCAAACUGCCACUUACCCUCUCAAAGUCUCUAGAUGCUGCUGAAAUGCUGUUUUUGAGAGAAGCAACAGUCAGUAAAGUAUUGUGCAACUCUCUUAUAUUGAGGAUAAUACAUCAAGAAAGUACUCCGAAUAGUUACGGAACUGUGUAUGAAAGCUGUAAUCUUUUUUCCUUUAAGUGCAUGUAAAGGUGAGUGACUACACCUCCCGCUCAUUAGGGAGAGAUUUGUUUGCUUUGUUUCAUUGGUGUCCUAGCAUAGUUCAUUACAAUUGUACAGACUUCUAUAAAUAAACUUGGUUUGUUGGUUUAAUAAGGUUGAUUAUGUUUAUCCCUUGUAUCUGAGGUGCUAAGAGUUUCCUGUUUGUGGAAGUUUGAUUUUUUCAGAAGCUAACACUUCACUGGAAAUUUAAGAAAUAAAAUGCUAACACCGUAAAAUAACUAAUGAAAAAUAAGGCCUUUCUUUUGCAAGAGGGGCUGUUUACUCCUGGAUCACUCUCUGAUGACCAGAGUUGCUCCUUACCACUAGAAUCAAAUGGAGCCUGUUGGAAGGUCAGUUCUCUUGCAUUUAUGCUGCAUCUUGUUAAAUAUACAAACUUUGCUUGUCUUGUAGAAAUCCAAGCUAUUUUUGUAAUCAAAGCUGCUAAAGCAUGUAACUGAGCUUAGAAAAGCUACUGAUUGAGAUGGAGUGAGACUGUACUUGGGACUGUAACUGAGACUUGAUUAGCUAAGCGUUCCUUUGAUGUACUUGAACAAAAUGCAUUUUGAAGUUUUCCUCCUUGUGAGCUUUUUUAAAACGAGUAUGCUUUUAAGGUGCCAUGCCAGGUCACAGAUUUUAAAGGAAUCUUAGCAUAAACAGUCUUGCGGGUGGGUUGUCAAUUUUUAACUGGCUUUGGGAGGGAUAGUCACUCAAAGGAAAAUAUGGGAUGUGCUCUUAUCCCUCAAAGGAAAAGGAAUUAAAUUUCUGUGAGAAGAAACUGCUUUAGCAGAAGGUGAGAACUGAAAAUUAGGGGCUUACAGAAUACCUCAUUAGUUUUACGUACUGGGGAAUAAACAGACAUGUAGAAGUCAUCUUGGAUUUUGGCUUUUUGCCUUUUGGUUUAUUGGUAAGCCUCUGUCAGCUUGUUCUACAGAGAACAAGGGUGGAUAGGGUAUUUAAGUUACAUUGCAGGUGUAGUUUUAACAGCUGGCAAGGUUACUUGUUUCAGAUAAGGUUAAUAAAUACAACCUAAUGCUAAGUAAUGUACACAGAAGCAAAGAAUACAGGUUAUUUUCUGUCAUGAGGCUGUAGUCAUAUAAUGACCAGAAUAUGAGAGGUCUGCCUUUGCAGACAAUAUAAAUAAGAUCAUUGUGACUUGUUCUAUGGUGCAAGUUGCAGGAAAGAAAUCCUAAGACGUUAACUUAAGAGUGCAGGAGGGAGAGGGGGGAUUUCAACAGUUGUAAAACAUGCCCCAAAAUCAAACAGAUAAAGCUUUAUCUGAAAUCCCUGAUUAUUGUGACUUUGUGUUUUAUGAAAGGACUGUUACUGAAUCAUUUGUUUGCUCUCCUUCAUGACUGCGGAUAAACGUGUAAUUGCCGUAUGCCCCAAAUGGGGACAAAAGUGUAUUGAACUCAAGUGCAACAGCAUAAAUAUCAACUUCUUCAUCCCUUCUUUGUAAUUCUUCUUGGUGGCAGGUCUGCCAACAGGUAAUUCACUAGCAUUAUUUAUCAAAGUGAAAUUACUGUGUAAAAAUAAUAAUAAAAAAAAAAUCAGCUCCU